GAGAUCUGUCAACAAGGGCCAGUGAAUACCAUCUUUGUUUUUGCACUAGACUGGAUGUAUCUGACUUCAUAUUCUUGGCCAUCUGUGUGUUUAUAUAUCUUUAGUGAGUAUGAUCAGAGAAUUAAAAUAGAUAAGGACUAAUUAACCGUGCGAUCAGUGAUUGGAACUGAAUCCUGUUUUUUUUCUCGGACACUGCUUACAAGUGGCUUCAGAGCAAUGGCUAGUUUCGGAAAAUGUGAUGUGCUCUUGCGCCUAUUUGUGGGCCUGCUAUAAAUAGGGCCCUGCUGGCAACACAUGCUCUGCUGUGAUUGACAGAUCUGGUGGUAGUGGGACAGCAGGCUCCAAAGAACAGGCAAAAGGCAUACGAAUGCUCCCCAGUCAGUAUCGAAGUGGAGCUCUUCAUUUUGGUUCUAAAAGUUCAGAGCCAGACCCUUAUUUUAUUCUACAGAAACCCCACUUAGAAAAUUUGGGGUGUUUUUGGACUGUUGAAGUUAGUUUUUUUGGACAAUGACAUCCAGAAGGCCAAUGACUCGCUCUUUCUCAGCAAAUGGGAGAUUGGGCAGCCAAAAUGGGGAGGAUGUCCCAGCAUCAAGCGGGUGGUCUGACGGUCGCAAUUACCUUUCCAAUGUCAGGCCUGAAAACAGGAGUACAUUAUGUACCGUCAUGGCCCAGUUGACUGAGGAGACCCAGCCAUGUUUUGAGACCACCAUAAAAUCCAAAGCAGUGUCAGAAACCUGCAAUGUCAAAUUCAGUUGUGUUGUCACAGGUUACCCGGCUCCUGAGCUGACUUGGUACAAAGAUGACAUGGAAUUAGAUCGAUACUGUGGUCUUCCCAAAUAUGAAAUAUUUCGCAAUGGAAAAAAUCACACACUUCACAUCUACAAUUGUACAGAGGAAGAUGCAGCUAUUUAUCAGGCCUCAGCGAGGAACAGCAAAGGCAUCGUCUCCUGUUCUGGGGUGCUGGAGGUGGGCACCAUGAGCGAGUUCAUGAUCCACCAAAGGUUCUUUGCCAAGCUGAAACAGAAGGCGGAGAAAAAGCGGCGCGACCUAGAAGAAAGUCGACUCCGGGGUAAGGAGAACAUCCAGAAGGAACAGUUGAAUGUGAGCAACCAGGAACGCUUAAUGAGGAAGCGUAGGUCCCCUGCUGAAAAUGAACCCUUGAGCGCUUCUGUAACCCACGGAGAGGAGAACGUGCCCUCGCAAGAGAUAAACGCUGAAGAGCAACCUUCAAUCAUAGAUGAUAAGUCUGAAGAUAUUACAGUCCAAGCUUCUUUAGGAACCACAGAGCUGUCAAUGGAGAACGGUGAUGAGAAACGUAACCAUAUAUGCGAUACAGAAGAGGUUGUAACCGUACAGCAGUCUGCCAAAGAAAAGCUAGGGGAAAAGAAAAUGCGCAUUGCCAAUGGAUUUAAUGAGCCUGAUAUCAUUCAAACCGCUGAGGGCAUCAGAAAACAAGAUGGUUAUGAAGGAAAGAGUUUAGCGAAAUACUUAACCGAGUCUGUGCAGUCACAGUCGCAGUCUGAUGAGCAGCCGGAGGAGAUCAUGGAGGUGGACGUCAAUGCUCUUCAAAAAGAACAAGAGAAAGAGUUGGAGAAAAAACGAGAAAGAUUAAAAGAAGAGGAAAGAGAGCGAUCGAAAGAAGUAGAGUACCGUAAGGAGCGCGAGAGAGAACGAGAGCGAAUUAAGCAAAUUGAGCAGGAACAAAAAGCUCUGUCCAUAUCCGCAGCCAAGGCAGCACUGAAUAAAGAGCCAGAUCAUCAACACAAAUCAGCAAUAACAUCAGUUUUUCACUCCUUAAAGGACAUAUUCUUUGGCAAAAGUAAGAAGUCUACUGAAACAGCCGAAGCCACACGAAAAACUAGUGGAGUGAAUGUGGAAAAAGAAACAACCAUCACUAAACAAGAACCAGACACUAAAACUUUGGUACCCAGUGUGGCCUCUGAACAGGAUGUACCAAAGCUGGUAAAGGAACCAUCUCACCAGGUGGAUUUAGAAGUGAAACAAGAACCUCCACAGCAAACACAAGAUCCAGCAACCUCCAAUAAGGCCUUAAACUCUAGUUCAGUUGAACACACUUCUAAAUUUAAUGCACACAAACCUGAAAAUACAUCUCACAGUCAUGACAGAAAUAUCGAGAGCAUUGAUACUACGCUUUCUCUGGAGGAACCAGAGAUGCCAAGGAGAGCUGAGGAGAAAAAAGAUCUAAAGGAAGUCCCCCAGAUUUCCCAUUCGCCUGUGAUCGGGGCUACAGAUGACCAUACCAAACCCAUCAGCUAUGAAGUUCCUGGCUCAUUAAACUUGGCCAAUCCUAUUUUUGAGACUAAAGAGCUGAAAUCUACCUAUCCUGUUGAUGAGGUCAUGCAGGGUGCUGAGGAAAUGCAUAUUUUAGGGGAUCAGGGAGGCACAGCUGCCCCCUUGACAGACCUCAACAUGGCAGACCUGGAAAGCAUGCAGUGUUGUGAGAGCCAGCCAGAGUCUCAGCUUUCACAGCUUGUCGACUCUGUCCCCCUUACAGUGCACACUGACUCCCAGUCUGCUGAACCAAUGGCAGAAGAGAGCAAAAAGUGUGACUUAAAUUUAAAUGAGAAAGAGAUUCCUCAUAUUAAAGAAGAACGUGUUGUCGAUUCUGUUCCCCUUACAGUGCACAAUGAGCCCCAGUCUGGUGAACCAAUGGCAGGAGAGAGCAAAAAGUGUGACUUAAAUUUAAAUGAGAAAGAGAUUCCCCAUAUUGAAGAAGAACGUGUUGUCGAUUCUGUCCCCCUUACAAUGCAUAAGAAGUCCCAGUCUGCUGAACCAAUGGCAGAAGAGAGCAAAAAGUGUGACUUAAAUUUAAAUAAGAAAGAGAUUCCACAUAUGGAAGACGAACGUGUUGUUAAAACGCAAGAGGGAAGUGUACUGACAGAAAUAAAUAAAGAAAUUGAUGGUGCAACAGAAGGGAAAUCUUCUACUGCAAAAGAAAAUGAAGUGAAUAUUUCUUCUGUAAUAAACACUUCAGUCUCUACUGUAGAUGUAGUGAGUGAAACAAAAAAUGAUAAGAAGGUUCAAAAUGCAGCAUUGCUACAAGAUCAAAAAGGCGAUUCUGUCUCUUUUUCAUCUGAAAGUACAAUAAAAAUUGAUAUAAAACCUGAUGAAAAAUCUGUAGCAGCACUAGAUGUUAGUCUCACUGAGAAUAAAGAAGUUGGAGUUGAUUCUGCUUCAGCGAAUGACUAUAAUAGAGAGGAAGAUAAGAAGGAUAAAAACAUGCCAGGUCAGGAUACAAGUGUUGGAGAAAAACAAAAUAAAAGGGAUAAAGAUACGUUGGACAAAACCAGUGAGAAGGUGAGGAAUGAUACAAGGAAUGAUAAGAAAGGGAAUGUUAGCCCCGAAGAACAGAGAGAUGCAAAACAAAAAAUGGAUAAGGUCAAGAUCAGUAAAAAUGUUGUUCCAGAACCAGCUGCAUCCAUCGUGAUUCCAGAGGUUGAGAUGUCCAAAAAUGUAAGACGGGCAGCGAUUGAGGUCUUAGAGAUUCAACCAAGGCCAUAUCAAGUAAGCAGAUCUCCAAAAAUCCUCAAUAAAGCGCAAGCUGAGAGACGUCUGGCUGAGAAGGACCAAUCGGCUACCCAACCAAUAAUAAUACUCCCUGAUACGAGGGAAACAGUCAUCAAAAAUGUGGCAAAGAAAAGAGCCAUACCCCUUAUCCCAGAAAUCAAGGUCACACUGCCAGAGAGAGUCAAACGGGAAGAACCUACUCAUUUACCUAGAAAUGAUAUUUUGAAAUUGGAGCCUGAGCGAGUCAUGCAACCAAUAACACAGGAGGUUGCACAGAUAUUUCGAGAAAGUGAGAGACCAGCAGAUGAAGCAACAAGGACAUCAAGCGAAUCGGCCCCGAACAAUGUUGUAGUUAUUCCAGAGACUUCAGGCGUGACUAGGCACAUUCUGUCAGCACCUUCAGGGGAGCGAGCACAGGAAGUUAAACCACAAAAUCUAGAUACAAGAGUGAGAAGUGGAGAAACACAAGGAAGUAUCAGCAAUGGGAGGGGCAGAGAGGAUGACAACAGUAUCCCUAUUAUUAACAUAGCAUGUGCUGAUGAUAAUGCAACCACUACUCAACAAGUGCAAACGUUCAGCCAGGCCUCACUUCCUGGCAUAGUAAUCUCAAAAGAUCAACCACAUCCAAUUCCUCCCAUUUCUGUCACAAACACUGAUAACAGUUUAAAAAGGAAAGAAGAUUCAAAGAGUGAAACUGAUCAGGUCACUGUCGCUGCUUCUGAGAAGCCAAAAGAGCAGCUUAGGACUCAACUGAGUCCUGACAUAUCUACAAAAAAUAUUAUUACUAGUCAAGAAACUGACAAAAGUCCUCUACCAAAAGACACAAGAGUAGAACCCGAAGCUGACAGGCUUCAGAGAGACAAAUCUUCAGUUGAGAAACUUGGAGUUCCAACCCCUGUAGGACCUACUCUCCCUCCACUUAGUCCGGCCAGUUUGCGUAGACUUAUGGCAAAGAAUAACCCAAAUUUGGAGAAUCAGGGGUCUGUGUCGGCUGCAUCGGUGGAUGGAAAUGAGAAAAAAGGGGACGAGAGUGGGGGGAGCACACCUACGUCCACUCUUUCCUGUGAGAGCAGCCCCAAGAUGAAACGACGUGACAGUCUUACCCUAAUCCCCUCUGCCACGCCAGAGGAGCUCGCUUCUGGUGCUCGCCGCAAAAUCUACCUCGCCAAAACCAAGUCUGAGGAUGAAGGAUCUGACACGCAGGGUAAGAAAGACAGCUCGUAUAUGUCACCCAGUCAGGCACGUAGGGCAGCUUUCCUGCAACUUCAGAGUGGACAGCAAACACCGCCCGAAAAACGUUCACCAUUGACUGCCCGGCGCAAGGCCACGCUGGAGGUGCCAAAACCAAAGGAGGAGAGCACGGAGGUUGCAGACAUCGCAAAGACAGAGAGCAAACCAGCAGAAAAGGAGAAGCUGGACCCUUUCAAAGCUCCUCAGGUUAUCCGAAAGAUUAGGGGGGAGACCUUCUCAGAUGCCUCGGGUCACUUGAAGCUGUGGUGCCAAUUUUUUAACGUUCUCAGCGACUCCACCAUCAAGUGGUACAGAGAUGAAGAGGAGAUUGUGGAGAUGGAAAGGCGUGCUGGAGAUGAGAGUCAAGUGGCACUGGCCUUAGUCCAGGUGUCCAGCAGAGACUGUGGAGUGUAUGGCUGCUCAAUCAAGAAUGAAUACGGGACAGACGUCACUGAUUACCUGCUCAGUGCAGACAUACUGGCAGAAUUUUUCUUAAGGGAUGAUCUAGAAGUGGGAGAAGAGAUUGAGAUGACACCUAUGAUGUUCACCAAAGGCCUUGCAGACUCAGGUUACUGGGGCGAGAAACUUUUCGGACGCAUUAUGACAGAGGAGGUUCAGAUUGGAGAGGGCUGUGUACACAAGACCUGCAGGGUGAAGGCCAUCUAUGGUUUGAACCCUGUCUUCGAGUCAGGCAGCACAUGCAUCACUAAAGUAAAAAAUCCAAUUGCAUAUGGGGCGAAGGAAGAGGGCAACCUGGCUGAGAAAAAUCUAGAGAUCACAAAACAGGAAUGUAAAAUCCAGAAUACUGUUCGGGAAUACUGCAAAAUCUUUGCUGCGGAGGCCCGAGUGAUCGAGAACUUUGGUUUCGCAUUAGAAGUGAUCCCCCUUCAUCUAAUGUAUCGGCCAGCCAACACAAUCCCAUAUGCUACGGUGGAGGCUGAUUUGAAAGGCGAAUAUUUGAAAUACUGUUUGAUGGACGGCACUGAAAGAUUUAUCACUAGAGGCACCUCUGAGGUGGAGCAGAAGUGCUGCACUUUCCAGCACUGGAUCCAUCAAUGGACCAAUGGAAACCUCCUUGUUACCCGACUUGAAGGUGUCGAUGCGAAGAUCACAAGUAUCGCCAUUGCUACAAAGUCUAAAGGGUAUCAAGGACUCACAGAUAAGGCGUCUCCAAAGAUAAUGGAGCAGUUCAUUACUCAACAUCAGUGUAACUACUACUGUGGUUUGCUGGGUCUUAGACCCCUGAAGCCCACAGACUCUUUACAGCAACCUAAAAUAAAGACCUCCAGGAGCCCUCUACUGGCCCGAAGAGGCGGGUCAAGCUCAUCUAGUCCCCAGCUACAGAAGAAAGGAAACAAUAGCCCGCAGUCCACCAGAAAAGGCAACUCGAGCCCUAAAGUGGCUAAAAAGACAGGUGAAUCAGGGGAGAGCUCACCCGCUGUCAAACACAAAGCAGUAGAGGUCCCAAAACCUGUUAAGAUGAGGUAGAGAGAGAGAGGGAGGCAAGCUAGGGCAUAUUUUAAGUGUGGAGCCUAUACUAUACUAUUAUCGAUAGCUAAUGUUGUACAGAAGAAAAGAGAUUCCGACUGGCUUGAAAAGCUAUGACUGAAAAUUAUGAUCAUAGUCUUUGCACAUAGUGACUAUAAAAUGCAACAGCUUAAGGAAGCUAGAAGAAGGAAAGACUUUAUAUAGAGAGUAAAGUGGUGAAUGACUAGAGGUGUUUGGAAAUUACUGUGAAUAUUCACCACAGAUACCUCUAGAGACCAUUACUUUACUUUUAAGAGCUGAAUUGAGAUGAUCCCCCUUCAAGACCAUCGCUGGGGAAACAACUUAAAACCAGGACUGUCUACAGAUGGACGAAUAGUUGAGUGAUUUCAGAAAGACUCUGGAACUUUGUUAUGGUUUAUUUCAAUGCUUCUAUGUCAGAUUUAUAUGACUGAGGAGGAUGGACUCUUUAAGGAUUCCUCAAACAUCCGUGAUGUCUCGGCUGUGCUGAAAUGCUGCUUUUUAGUAGCUAUCACUGAUACACUUUUUACGGUAGAUUUUUCUGCAUUUAUGGGUUGGGCUAUACAGUUGCUGUGUGAAAGUUCAUGCUUUACAGUCUGUAACACCGGCUCACCACACUUGGUUAUUUAUACACGGACUAACUUAUGAGCAAUACAGAUUUGUUUUGAAGGAUAGUUGAGCUUUAUGGUCACAGUAAAGUCAUUUACUGACCCCACAGACCUCACGUGUCAUCAAUCUUUAUAACCCUGCACAUUUACAUAUAGGCACACAUAUAUUUAAAACUUAUAUAUAUUUGUAAACUUUUAAUGCUUACAGUGUUUACCAAAAUACCAAGGUUUGGAAAAUGACAAAGAAGUCUUUCUUUUUGGUUUUGACGAAAUAUCGCAAAAGUCAAUAAAUGUUGACUGCCUAAACCUUUACCCGAUUUCAACACGAAAUGAUCAUUUUAGUGGCUGUUGCUUAUGGUGAUUGCAAAAUUGAUCAAAUGUCUGAAUGUAGUUUAUUAGAUGUAUUUCAUGUGAAGGGUUAGCACAGAUAAUGGUCAAUGAUGAUAGUGGUUCAUAAUGAUAAGGUCGGGGCACACUGUGAUAUUUUUUAAAGUACUUGUAAGUACUGUUUUACCUAUUUUUGUUGUGUUGUGGCUUUUGGUUUUGUAAAAUAAACAUGUAAAUAGCAAAAGCUGUAGAACCUUCUAUGACAUUUUAAUAAUUUAAUUUGUGACACUGCUUGUGAAAACCCAGCUAAAGUCAUUUUUGUGUUUUACUGUUUUCUAUAUAAAAUCAUCCUAGAUAAUGUAAAGGACAUUCUGUGAAGAUAUAACAUUGAUAUCUUUAAAAUUGACUUAGUAAGGUCAUGUCAAAGAUUGAAAUUAAAGUAAAAUCAGUGAUUGAAAUCUA